GCCCACACGCUGUCGCGGACUCGCGGGUUUUGCGUGCGACCAACAUCAGCACUGACAUGCCAUAAACAAGGUGCAUCCGAACCGCGAUGCGAAGAAACGUGAUGCAUCGCUCGCCGCCUCGUCCGAGAGAUUUAUAAACGUACGUCGCUACACCGAGGUUACAUUCUGAUUCACACGUGACGCGCUGAACAUAAAUAAUGUCGAAAAAUGGGAAAAUAGAUUAUCCUCUCGAUAAAGGCGAUCGGGAGGACGUUCGGUGGUUCGAAAAUUACGAGAAGUGCGGCAAGACCAAACAUCUCGAGAGGCUGAAGAAGAAAGAUAUACUGAAUUAUAUCAGGGACGUCGAACAGAACUGUCGCCUCGAGGUGAGCAGCGGCGACGAGGAUUAUGCCGGCACGAGAAAGUCCAGCGACUGCAGCGUAAUUAGGUGUUCAGGUGUCUUCAGAAGGAUCGACUUACAAUGGACAAAGCGAAUUCUCUCUGGGGAUAAGUCUCUACCCGUUGCUACGUUCAUAUCUAUAGCAGAUUCGCAAUUUCUGGACGGCAAUCAGAAUAUGCAGAAACUUUUUCUUAAAAGUAUUAUCCUAAAUAAGAUACGCAAGAGAUGGAUUGAUUGAAAAUAUUUUUAGAUGAUUUCAAUUAAAAACUGGAUUCUUUUGACCAAUUCCAUCGAGCAUGACUUACUACAGCAAUAGAACGCGAUUGCUUCACAGUGCCGCAUAUCCAGUCCUACUCUUUUUUUUUCCCCUCGUCGUUCUUUUCAUCACGGUUCCGCGCGUAACGGUGAUUUUGUAAAGGAUACAUCCGAGCGGAGCAAACGGCGACUGGUAUAAAAGAGUUAAACCACUAAUGAGUCCGUGCCGAACUUUUUCGUUUAUAAACGGCCGAUAAACGAAUGAACGGUGCUUUUACGUACUCAAUUUUCUGCCUUUUAGAGAGAAACCGCACAGUUAAACCUACAUACAGAUUCUCGUUGCAUUUUUACGAAAGGGCUACUUACUUUUAUUAACGAACAACCAUUUUUUAUACACAAAACUUAAAAAUUCGUGCCUAUUGUUAAGAUCUUGACAAGACAUUUGUGUGCAAUUGUAUCUCGUAUCUCGAAAUUGCUUAAAAAGAAUUGAUAGAUAUUGUAUUGCGCAAUAAUUUUAUUUGACAUAAAAUAAUUUGUUUUAUUAAUAAAUUGAAAAUUAUACGUUU